AUGGCGAGCGAAGAACGAACGAGCGCGUUGAGGAUUCGUUGCGCGCACUGCGAUGCCGUGUUCGACGAGCGGGCGCUCCCGUACGACGCCGACGUCGACUCUCUCGCGUCUUCGGCGCUCAGAGAGAAGUUUGUUCGAUUGUCUCUAGAUUCCGAGAGCGUGGAGUUCCUGAACAGAGCGCGAGCGCGGGGACGGGACGAGUGCGAGCGGUUGGCGAGAAAGUGCACCGAGCUGCGGCGGACGAUGUCGUUGACGGAGGCGAACGCGAUCUUAGGGCGAGGGAAGAUGUUCGUGUUCAGUGAUGCGCACGUGGAGACGUUGAUGCGGGCGUGCGGGGAGGGUGCGGGUGGAGGAUGGUUCUUGGACGUCGGCGCGGGCGAGGGCGAGGUCACGCGGACGCUGGCGAGGAGGUUCGCGGGGACGUGCGCGACGGAGAGCUCGCCCGGGAUGGCGUCAAGGUUGAGAGAAAAGGGUUUCGACGUGGUUUUGGAGAGCGACACGGUGGAGAACGUGGUACGCGAGACGAGGGCGCGAGGUGGGGAUGUGAGCGAGGACGGUUUCGACGUCGUCGCGGCGCUCAACCUGUGCGAUAGGGUGCGAUCGCCGAGAGCGUUGUUGAGGGAUUUAAAACGGGCUUUGAAGGCAAAGACGGGGAUAUUAAUCCUCGCCAUAGUCGUCCCAUUUCGUCCCUUUGUCGAGAACGCCGAUGGGACGAGGUCUCAACCCGACGAGCGUCUCGACGUCCCGAGCGCCGGUUCCUGGGAAUCCGGCGUCGACGCGCUCUGGACCGAGCUCAUCGCACCGCUCGGCUUCGACCUCGUCACCUUAUCCCGAGUUCCCUACAUAUCAGAGGGCGAUCAUCUGUACGACGCCUACGUCCUCGACGACGCCGUCUUCGUCCUUCGCGCGCCGCCGUGA